AUGUCUAAUCUAAUUUGUGAAGUAUGUGUAAAGAGUCUUCGGGAUGCUCACCAUUUCAGACAAAAGGUUCUAUAUUCCGAGGAACAAUUAAUGAAAAGAAUAACUGAAAUCGAAACAAAUAAGAAGCUGUUGGUAGUCAAAUCCGAGCCGAUAGAGACUGAUGACAAUGAUUCCGACAACUACUUCCUAGCCAGCACCAUCAAAAAUGAAUCGCCAUCACCCAUACAGAAGAUUGUGAGGAAAGUUAACAUAAAAAGCAAGAAGAAGGAGCAUUUACAGAAGAAUUUAAAGAAUUUGGUCAACAAAUUGGCUAUAAAUAGCUGUGACAAGAAACAAAUGAAGAAGGACAUUAAAGUUAUGAAAGGCAGGAAAUUGACUAUUAAAAAGGAUAUAGAGAUUAAUCUGACAUUCACUAAUACUAGAUUGACACAGGAUAAGCAAAAACACAGAGAGAACUUGCUAACAAUAUUGAAAUAUUCAAAUGCAACACCCUUCAAAGAUAAGUCUCUGCUCGGCUUCAUCUGUGGAUAUUGUAACGCUUCAUACCCUGAUCCGACGGAUUUGAAGAAUCACACGGAUUUGGAUCAUAUUAAAGAGCGUCUGGAUUUCAAAUCUUCAUUUGAUAUGACAGAAUAUAAUGUGAAAUUAGAUGUGGUCAACUUGAUGUGUACGUUGUGCGAUGAAAAAAUGGAAAAUUUGUUCAAAUUAAGGGAUCAUUUGAUUAAGAUACACAAUAAAGUCUUCCAUAGAGAUAUUAAAGAUCAUUUGUUGCAAUUUAAGCUGAAGAAAGGUGAUGUAUUCGACUGUGCGUUGUGUCCUUCAACUUAUGAGACAUUUAAAAUGUUGAAGCAACACAUGAAUAAGCAUUACUGUAAUUAUAGUUGCAGUAAAUGCGAGAAUUCAUUCGCAACCAAACGCUCACUGAAUACGCACCAAACGACUCACGAGGAAGGCAGUUUUAAAUGCGAUCAUUGUGACAAAAUAUUCUCAACCAAAACCAAAAAGCAAUACCAUGAGAAAACUAAGCAUUUGGGUGCAAGAAAUAUAAGUAAUUGUCCCUAUUGUGAUGUACCGUUCAGGAGUUACUACCAAAGAAACCAGCAUCUCGUAAAAGUACACAAUUCCGAAGCCCAAUACAAAUGCAAUGUAUGCAGUAAAGGUUAUAUAUUAAAAUCACUUCUCAUGUGUCACAUAAAGAAGAAUCAUUUGAUGGAAAGGAACUGCCAAUGCACGGAAUGCGGCUACAAGUUCUUCAGCAAGAAAGCUUUAAAGGCACAUAUGAUAAAGCACAGCGGUGAAAGAAAAUUUAUAUGCGAAGUUUGCCACAAGUCGUAUGCGAGGAAAUACACGUUACGAGAGCAUAUGAGAAUACACAACGAUGAUAGGAGGUUCAAAUGCGAUAUAUGUGGUACGGCUUUCAUACAGAAAUGCAGCUUGAAAUCACAUUUAUUAUCCCAUCACGGUAUUAGUUUAGCUGCGAGCGAUAUACCUAUAUCGUGA